GUGUGGGGACGCUACACAGCCUGCAUAGCGAGCAUUGAAGAGUACAGGGUGUACGACGCUUUAACGUCACACUUCACUUUCAUACGUCACUGCCUGAAAAUACAUCUGAAAACGUGGAAUGUAAACGGGACUGGCGGACGUCUGUCAUGUUUUCAUCACUUCAUCGGAUUCUGUGCUUAAAACUUCCUAAAUUAUAUGAGAAAUACCCUUGGAUUCAAAAUAAUUUCAUCAGGGGAAAUGCGUACGAAUAGUUGUACUUUAGAUAUAAUCUAAAGAAUAUACAGCCUACGUAUAACUGCAAAAAAUGACGAAGAUUAAGGAGCAGCGUGCAUGUGGGUGUAAUUACCUGUGAAGGCAGGCUGAGAAAUUCCUCUUAGUAUAAGAAUAUGUUGUGUUCAUGUAUUAAAAUGAUCCCGAUCUAUCAGAAAUAACUGGAGAAGUCGGACUAAAACAGCGCGAAAUGUGGUCAGCAUCUUAUUUUAAACGCCACUACGAAAAAAAACUGAGAAAGGAGAAGCAGCCCUUUCGCAAGUUAGGAGCCUAUUUCUCACUCUAAGUGCCUCAUUUGGAGGGGGGCAUUUUACGGGGAAGCGGAUACCUACCGGUGGCCAGAGGAAGUCAGCAUUUACUCUUUCAGGAUUAACAGUUACCAGGUGGGCUGACUUUCCCAAAGUGCGCUUUAUUCUAUGGUUUAUAGCGGAGCAGUGGAGCCCCUCUGGGAAGAGGCACAAGUUCUGCAUGGGAGGAAUAAAUGACAUUUUAAAGACCAGUUUCGGACGAUCCAAAGCCGUGGGUCUGCAGUCUGCUGAGAAAAAAAGGCGAGCGAUCAAAUGCAGAUUUGAGGUUUCCUUCUACAAAUGGUUAUAAUCGACACGGAGUUUAACUUCUGCUGAAGCUGAGGGGGGAGAAAAAACUCGUGCAUAUCUCUGGUGCGGUAUAAAGGACUCCGUGUUUACAUAGCGGCGCACAUGAACUUCUACAAGCAGCAGAAUUUCUCCCUUUAAGAAGUGGGUGUUGCUUGUUCAUAUGCGCAACUUACCCUAAACCAGAAAACGAGACACUUCACUAACUUUGGGAUUAACUUUUUAACUUUUGAAGAUAAUCAAGGCAGUUCUGCAUGUACUGCGCGCUCCCGCAGCGUCUCUUUCAUCCCGAUGUCCCGCUUCAUGCGUGAUAACGUGAUGCUCCAGCGGAGUAAAUACUUGUAAUGGCAUGCGUGGUGCUCCCUGUCAUCGGGGCGGCCGGGGAAGCGGGAAUGGUCUUCCUACGGCUCUGGGCGCUGCGUCGGCGGUACUGCCCGCGUCCGGUGCUGCUCUCAGGUGUGCUGAUAUGCCUCGUCUACCAAACGCUGGUUGUCGCCCGGAGCCGCUUCCUGAGCUGCCCGCCGCACCGGGGCGACAAGCCGACUGUGGCGGCGGACGUGCGCUUCGACGAGCCGCUUCUGAAACAGCCGGAGCCUCUAGAAUCUGCUCAAAACCAGUCAGACGAGGAUGUGGCCCAGCAGAACCAGGCCGAAUGGGCCGGCAGGGUGGUGCUGCUGAUGGGCCAGCAUCGAGCCGCCGACACCGAGGUCCAGCUCUACCAACGAGUCCUGCAGCGGCUCGGGUACAUGGUCAGCAUGGCCCGCUACGCAGAGACCAGCGCCACACUGCGCCAGGACGAUGGCCGGCCAGGUAGCGAUACCUGGGCCGUCCUGAUUUGCCUUCGAGGGUCAGAAAAGAGCUGCUUGAAAAAGAUGAAUUCUUACCAUCUUCAGGCUCAUCAGCGGGUGAACAUGAUCCCCACCCUCUCUCAGGCUUUCUCGAGUGCAGGUGGCAUCUGCCGCUUCCAAGCCCACAGUCUGCUGUCAGGGCUGUCGAUUCCCAUAAUUCCCUCUGCCUGUGGACCCUUGAACAGCCCAUUGGGAAACUUGGACCCUGCAGCUACAGACGGCUGGCCCGCGUCAGGCCCCACCCCUCCGGCGAGUCGGGCGUUCUUCGCCACAGUGUCAGUCUACGUGCUCGUCACCUCAGCCUCCCCCCUGGCAGCCUUCCUGCACACCACCGGCCUGGUCAGACCCAGGAUCUCGGCCUACAGCCAGGCAGCCCAGCUCCACACGUUCUUCCUGGAACAGCUGGGCCCUGACACGUACCUCCAGCCCCUGGAGAGCAUGAGGGAAGCCAUAGCUGCGGUGCUGCUGUCUGCGGCCAUGAGCAGCGACGACCAACGUCCAGCCCAGGCCAGGUGUGAGCUCUGCUACCAGCUGCUGACCUUCACACUGCGAUACAGUGGUUCCGUUCAGCCCGAAAUCGUCAAGGUGCAAGCAGAGCUGCACUUUGACGAUCUGAAGGACCCUGGUUUUGAUGGUCAAAUACUCAAGGAGUUCAUUCUCGAGGACACGCUCAACUUCCUGUUGUCGACACGUGACAGGAGCCUGACAUCUUUCCCAGAGUGCAUAGCGGCCAUAGUCAGAGAAAAGUACAGUGGCUGUGAAGGGACAUACAGCAAUUGUCUGCCUUACAAGGAGAAGCUUGUUCUCCUCCAGUUUGUCAGCCAGCUCCAGUCGCUGGGACCCUUUGACGUGCUCUACCCUGCAGCCUCCCCAGCACUCACCAGUCUCCAAGCCCACCUUGACCAAAGGUUCUACGGUGAGGAGCGAUCGCAGAAGCGGAGCCGCCUGGUGGCGCUGUUGAAUCAGAUUCGCUCCCUCCUGUAUACAUCAGAGACCCUGAAGCAGCCCAAGAGAAGCAGUGUUCCGGAGGGGCCGAGGAAUUUGACCAAUCCUUCCCAGAAUUCUCAGCCCCAGAAAGAUUACCUGCACCGUCCUGACUGCAGACAUGAUGCUGGGAAAUGCAUGGACCCCCGCCUGAGGCAAUUGUACACAGACCCCCCCCUCGUGCUGACGCCCCCGUUCAGCCCAGAAGUCAAGGAGUACUGGGCCGAGGUCCCGUUCGAUGUGGUGGCACUAAAGAUCCGUGCGGAACCCGAGAGCUGCCAGUGCCGUGUGCACCUGGACGAGCGCAGAGGGCCCAGCAAGGCCAGCUACCCCAUCGGCCUGGGCAGCAGCAGAGUCAGCAUCCUGCUGGUGGACGAGUCGGAGUCGGAGCCUGUCGUCAUGACGAUCUACACGCUGCACGUAUUCCGAGAGAGUCGGCCCAGCCUGCCCAUUUUCGACGAGUACGUCACGUGUGGCUUUCGGCAGGACUGCGGCCUGGUGGUCCAGCCCGACUUGCCCUGCGGCCUGGAGCCUCUGCCCCGUGCUUCCGCCCCCUCAAGGCCUUGCCUGUCCGGAGACGCUCCAGGUCGCUGGGUUGUUCCGUGUCUUAGUUGCUCUGACAACAGGACCUGUGACUGGAGGGUGGUAUCCUGGCAACCGGAUGAUUGCUACUACCCCGUGCUGGAAGGGCCCCAGCUUCGGGACUGCAUGCUGGGCAGGAAGGUCCUAUUCAUCGGAGACUCCACUAACCGUGGGAUGAUGUACUACUUCAUGGAGCGAGUCAACGGUACCCUAGAGGCCUGGGACAAGGCCCACGACACCAUCGUGUACCAUAAUGUCAACGAUGGCGGUACCCUCAUCAGUUACUCCUAUUACCCGCAGUUCUGGCUGGACAGAAGCCAGAGGCCCACUUUCGAGAGAGCUCUCCAACAGCUCAUCGAGAGGUCCCAUCCUCUGGAGAACUCGCCUCAGACAGUGCUGGUUGUUGGAGGAGUACAGUGGCUCACCCCCAAUCAUCUGAAGAUCCUGCAGCAGGUCCUCAAACGGGAAAACCUCCACAACAUUCUGGUGAUGGUGAAGACCAUUGGAAUGGGCUUCCAUCUCCCGGUGGAUGGAAUUCAUUCCUUGUCUCUGAGAGGAGUGCAGGAGCUUCACAACCUGAACCAGAACAUUCUCACAACCGCAAAGCUUUAUGGGUUUGAAGCCAUCGACACCCUCAGCGUCACUAUGGGUCGAUACAAGGAGUUCCUUCAGGGGAAAUGCGCGUGCCACUUUCACGAGGUUGGAAAGCUCGCAUUUCCCAGCAGGCCUCAGCACAGGGACACAACGCUGUACCAACAAGCAGCUGAGACGUGGCUCGGACCCAGCGGGACGCUGGAUCUUCAGGAGCUGGGGUCCAGGGCAGAUUCGCCCUAUCACGUCAAAGGUGCCGUGAACCAAGUCUACUCGGAGGUCCUUCUCAGCAGGAUGUGUGACAGCAGGUCGAGGAACAUGACUGCUGGACCUCGCUGAAGUGAAGACUACCGCAGUGUGUGUGUGUGUGUGUGUGUGUGUGUGUGUGUGUGUGUGUAAAAGACACAGAGCUUAAAGAGGGACAACAGUCACUUCAGUCAUGAAAGCAGUUCUUGGAAGGUCACUCCACCUUGUUCCCCUCUGAUUGGUUCAGAGUCGACCCAAGUCACGUGAUUUCUGGCUCUGUGAGAGGACCACAGAUUGGUGAGAGGAGGAGAGACUAUGUGGACUUGAAGUCUUCCCAAAACUGAGAGAGUGAGAGAGAGAGAGAGAGAGAGAGAGAGAAACUGCAUUGAUUUAUUCCACUGCGAACCGCUCUGAACAGUGAAACUGCAAAAAAUGACAGCAAACACUGCCGAUGCUCCCUGAAGGUGUUGGCUGUCAGGAGAAACGCAAUGUUUUCAUAAUGCUGCUGGGAUGUUUAUGCGCAAUGGAGUGAAACAGCAGGCGAGUGGCAGAUGACAUUGUGGGGACGUCCGCAGGGCACAGAUGGCCCAGCUUCCUGUACUGUAUACCUCACUAUUUAAAAAUGUUUGUUUAACCAUGUGAAAUGCCAAAGAUCUUUUGUAUAGUUAAGCAAAUGUAUUAUUUCCUAUAUUCCCAAAAACAUAUAUAUAUAUAUAUAUAUAUAUAUAUAUAUAUAUAUAUAUAUAUAUAUAUAUAUAUAUAUAUAUAUAUAUAUAUAUAUAACUUCUGAUAUCUGCACAAAUAUAUUUUUACAAACCUUGAGUGAAACUGAUGAAAGAACAGUAUUUGCCGACUGAUAAUGUAUUAUUAUAUAUGUAUACUUAUGUAUUUUUCUAGCAAAUAUUCGAUUGGUAAUUGAAGUAUUUUCACCUCAAUGUUUUUUAAUGUGAGAUUUGGGUUUGAACUGAGAGAACCGAACUGGUUUGUGGGAAUGAAAAGUUAUUUUUUAAAAUUGAAUACAUUAUUUCUAUCAGUAAUAAAAUAUGUAACCUCGCACAAACUACAAACUAGGCAGGAUUCAGAUUUAUCGAUUUCAGGCCGCUUUGUGUGUAGCUUCGCAUAAAACAUUAAGAUGCUGAUGAAGGAAUAAACGUGUAUUGCACUGUAAUGAUUGUAUAAAUAUUCUGGGUUUUUUUUGCUGAUAAACAUGUUUUAUUAAAUCAUUUUCCUAUGUA